GAGAGGAUAGUAGGCUACAUUCACGUGUCCACGAGUGUUUACCGUGGUCCGUGAUACCCGUGAUCCACGUGUUCUGACAAUCUCGCUCCGCCCGUCCACGAGAGAAGACCCAGGCAGUCUCGCUCCGCCCGUCCACGAGAGAAGACCCACGCCCACCGAAGUUCAUAAAAAUGUCUCUUCCCUCUGCAGCGUGAACAGUUUGACAUUAGACACGACAUACCUGGACUCCGCUGAAAGGAUAGCUAAUUCGUCUCGAACACCCCUUGACGAUUUUGCAUUUGUAGGCUAAUUUGGGAUUUGAGUGGAUAUAUUUCAAUAGGACUUUCAAUCUCUGUUGUUUUAGUCAGUCAAUCAGUUUCGAUUAAUUAGCUCUAAGUGAAGCCAUAAAGGCUAUCCUAGGCUACAAGAAAUAUCAUCAUCUAUUGGAGGAUAACACUGAUCUUGUAGAACCAUGUCCUUCCACAAGCGUGUUCUGAGGUCUCUGGGAAACGGGUCAGCCAGACGGAACCUGUUUGGGCCAGUGGACCGUAACCAGCUGCAGCAGGACUACCACACAGCGCUGAAGCGGGACCUAGAGGAGGCAUCACGGCGCUGGGGCUUCAAUUUCCUCACCGAGGAGCCCCUGGACAACGCCGACUUCCUGUGGGAGGGUGUUUCUGGGGCGAAGGUUCCCCUGGUGUACCGCUCCUCUAAGCGCAGCAAUGUCACCGACUUCUCAGCAUUAUCCACAUCCUUGGAGGCCGGAGUAUCCAUGGAGUCGGCAUCAGCAGAGACCAUGCCCAGCACAUCGCAGAGCAGUAAGGAAAAUGUUCCUGGGACACCGGAGAGACACCCAAACAACCGGAAAAUCCUGGAAAGAACCCCAGUGAAGAACGAUGCCAGUAGCAACAAACUGAAGAGGAAACAAUCUAAUAUUACAGAUUUCUACCAGGCAAAGAGAAGGGUAGUGGGCACGCCCAGAAAAUCAGGCCAGUGAUUGGACAACUGGUAGUGACCAAGGAAGCCUCAUUUGCAAGCAGCAAAACUCACUACUUCUCUCAGGAACUUAAAACCCAACACAGGCACUGCACAUACAAAGCCUACCUAAAGACUUGUACAUAGAAACAAACACCUCAGAGGUAUCCUUUGUCAUCUCCUCUGGGAGACUCUUCUACAAAUCAUGGCUGUCAAUCCCACGAGAACCCCCAUCACCCAUUUAUGAAAACCUCAUAGUGGGGGGUGCUGUUGCUAUUUAAAGGUGGAGGUGUGGUCUUGUAAAAUCACUGUAGCCUCUUAUUGGGAGGGUGGUCCAGAAACAUGUCUGACUCUGCUACACCAUGGACCAACGUGAACUUUGCUACUGGUUCUAUGCUUUAUGUAAACUUGAACUGGACUGAAUCACUUACACUCCGUGACCGUUCUGAGUGGGAUAAUUGUGAGGGCCUUUGUUGACUGCUCGUAGUGUAGGUACACCUAUUCCAUCAUAGAUGAGUGGUGGCAAAGUAUAGCAGAGGAGCAGUGCCAGUGAGGUAAACUCAAAACACUGCAGUAUUCAGAGAAGUUCUCCAAAGGUGCUCAUUUUUGUUCCUUUUUUACAGUUGCAGUAGCACUAAGGAGCCUUUCCUGUCAUUUAUGUUUAAUAGGAAAUUAUUUGGGGGUGGGGGUAAUCAGGUUCACAACCUAACAUGUAAUAGUAGGAAACUGUAAACUGGAAGGCUUAUCCAGUGGAAAAUGCACUGUUAUACCUUCAUUAUUGAUAGUCUGCUAACAAAUCAUAUGCAAAGGUUUGGAGCAUGUGUUGAAGGAGGAUGAAAGAAAGAUCUGUUCUGUUCUAGACAUCUUUGUGUAUUUUAUUUUUUUGCAUUUUAACUUCCAUGUUUUCCUCUCAACCGCCCGAAGCUUUAGCACAACUUUUGCAGUACUGCAGACAUAUACUAUUGUAACUAAAAUUAAGUAGCACAAGUCUAUUAAGCAAUUGUUUGGCCUUUGAAGGAGUCUCUUUGGAGAAAUACAUUAGACCUCGAUAUAUCAAGUAAGCUAUUUCCACAUACUAAUGUACUUUUUAUUUAAUUCACAGUGCAAUAUAUAUUUUUUGCAAGCUCCCUCACGAUGGGGAAAAAAGUUUAUCUUAUAAUUUAUUUAUUUAGAUUUUUUUUCUUCUUGCUGCUAUUGGUGACAAUAGGGGAGACAGGCAGCAUCAAGGCAUUCAGAUAGACACCAAGAAAUGAAACGGCUUUGAGUAAUAUGCACCACCCUGAUUAAAAUGCCUUGUUCAAUAUCAGUCUGCAGUACCCCAGAAAUUGCACUCACCGUAAUCUGUUUCUUCAAGUGCACAGGGCCCAUCUUCUUCAAUGUGUAAAUAUAUGGUAUAUAUAUAUAUAUAUAUAUAUAUAUAUAUAUAUAUAAAUGUACAUAUUUAUUGUUAUAUAAGUCAUGUUGUGUUCUUGACAUGUUUUCACUUAAUUAUG